UCUCUCUCUCCAUCUCACUCUCUCUGUGUGUGUUCUCAGGCCAUGUUCAGUCUGUGCAUGGUGGAGAGUGAGGCGGAUGAGGUGGCGCUUCAGGGAGUUACCAGUGUGGGACUGAAACAUGCACUAGACUUUGCCUACACAGGACAGGAGCUGAACAGUGUUAACUACCUGGACCUGUACCGUGUGGCUGAUCUGUUCCACCUCCCUGCUCUGGAGGAGGCUGUGGUCAGCUUCCUGGUAGAACACCUGUGUGAGCUGCAGCAGAGCCACCAGGAGGAGGUGCUGCUGCUCCCCUACCGCCUCCUCAAGGAGGUGCUGAAGAGCGACCACCUCACCUCCCUCAACGAGGAGGAGAUCUGGCAGCUGGUAGUGUGCUGGUUAGAGCAUGACUGUCGGUACCAGUACACAGAGGACCUGAUACAGCAUGUUCGUUACGGCCUUAUGGAUGUGGCCGCCCUGCACCACGUGGCACAGUGCCACCCGCUGGUCCAGUCCAGUGCCACCGCCGCCACCCUAGUGGACGAGGCUAUAGAGUACCACCGUGCCACCUACGCCCAACCCCUCCGCCAGACCGCCCACACCAAGCCCCGCUUCCAGUCUCUCACCCUCUACAUCGCCGGCGGGCGCAAGCGCGAGGUGAGCCGCGUACGGGAGCUGCGUUACUUCAACCCGGCCGCCCAGGAGAACGUGCGGGUGGCAGGGUGCUCCAACUGGAGCGAGCUGGCGCCCAUGCCCGCCGGGCGCAGCCACCACUGCGUGGCCGUCAUGGGUCACUUCCUGUUUGUGGCGGGUGGCGAGGUGGAGCAUUCCACGGGGAGGACGUGUGCAGUGAGGACCGCCUGUCGGUACGACCCCCGGGGGAACCGCUGGACAGAGAUAGCCUCCAUGAAGGCGUGCAGGGAACACUUUGUCCUGGGGGCUCUGGGCCAGUACCUGUACGCUGUGGGGGGGAGGAAUGAGCUGAGACAGGUGCUGCCCACUGUGGAACGCUACUGUCCCAGGAGGAACAAGUGGACCUUCGUCCAGUCCUUUGACCGCUCGCUGUCCUGCCACGCCGGCUGUGUGGCUGACGACCUGCUCUGGGUCUCAGGUGGAGUCACAAACACAGCUCAGUACCAGAAUAGACUGAUGGUGUACGACCCAGAACAGAACCAGUGGCUGGCCCGCAGUCCCAUGCUGCAGAGGCGAGUGUACCACGUCAUGGCCGUGGUGAGAAGGCAGCUGUAUGUGCUGGGAGGUAAUGACCUGGACUACAACAACGACCGCAUCCUGGUCCGCCACAUCGACUCCUAUGACAUAGACAUGGACCAGUGGACCCGCUGCACCUUCAGCCUACUCACGGGUCAGAACGAGUCUGGCGUGGCAGUCCAUGAUGACCGAAUCUAUGUUGUUGGUGGAUAUUCUAUUUGGACCAAUGAGCCCCUAGCGUGUAUUCAGGUGUUGGACGUGAGCACGGAGGGGAAGGAGGAAGUGUUCUAUGGACCAACUCUACCAUUCGCCUCCAAUGGAAUAGCAACGUGUUUCCUCCCUGCCCCAUACUUCACCUGCCCCAACCUACAGACUCUACAAGUGCCCCAUCACAGGAUAGGAGCUGUCUAACACACUAAUAGAGACUACAGUAAAUGUCUACAUAGAUACAUCAUGCAAACAGCUCAUAAGGACAUACAUACAAUUAUGUAACACAAAAUAAUAGAACCAAAGGUCUACUCCUUUACAACAGCCCCACUCUUCCUCUAAAUGCAUACACACAAUAUCUACACUAAACACACACACACACACACACACACACUAUUGCCACCCAUAUAAGAUUACCCACAUCUUCCCCAGUGUCAGGAUCCCAACCUGCAGGCGUCACUGCCCAUCCUGAGGACUUGACACUACCUAUGAACUGAAAAAAACGUGGCCCUGAAUGGAAAAAGGAGGGUCCUCAAGAGGACAUUGAGGAGGUUCCCUAUUCAUAUCCAGCUACCCUGUAAUGAUAGACUGAUCUUCCAUCAGCUGCAGGCUGGGUGUCAAUUCCAUUUCACUUCAGUCAAUUCAGGAAGUAAACAGAAAUUCCGAUUACAAUUUCUGCUAAUUGAAAAGCAUUGAGAAUAGUAGAUAUUGAUUGGAAUAAUAUAUCCUGAAUUAACAUGGAAUUGACCCCAACUCUGCUCAGAUGACUGGUUGAAUAAAGGGCUGCUCUAGUCAAACUGGUGCAGAACAGAAGAUCGCAAUGCUGGAGCACUCUACGGAGUGAAACGGCUCCCUCUUUUACUAAUGCACUAUAGGGCUAUUGACACUAACUAGCUGUACUUACUUACUACUUACCAUAACCCAUCUACUUCAUACAAAGCCAAUGGACCCAUCCAAGGACAUUUCAGUUGAAACCUGUUGUGUGAACUGUGGACCCAUCUUACUCUUUCUUGAGCGUGUGUUUUCUAUUCAAGCUCAGGAUUUAAGACUGUUUAACAGUUCAAUGAAUGUGUCUGACCCACUGUUUCAUACAGUGCAUAUACUCAACAUACUGUAUGUAGGAGAACCACUGUAUUAUGACAUUUUCAAAACAUCUCGUUUUACUUUGACCAAAAAAUAAGACAAAAGUAAUUCCGUAACUCCACCAGCCUCCAGCAGUGAGGAAGUGUGAGAAAGAGUACUUUAAAAACAUGUCUUAGUUUUCAGAAUAAAGAGGUAUGGUACUGUAUCAAUAAAGCCCAUAAUAAGUUGAAUCGA